CCAGUGUGUGAACGCUGGUGAUCAAGCAGAUAGGAACUGCGCCCAAAGCUGUCUCCACACCAAGCACAGAAAUAGGGUUUUUCACCUGUAUGACAGCGCUGGUGCUGCAGCAGAUAGAGCUAAGACUGAAACUCUUGCCACAGAGCCCACAGGGAUAGGGCUUCUCCCGUGUGCGUGCGCUGGAGUUGGACCAGAUUAGAGCUAACCCUGAAAGUCUUACCACACUCGGCACAUGUGUAGGGCUUCUCCCCUGCGUGCACCCCCUGGUGUUUACCUAGGUCCCAGUUGCGACCAAAGGCCUCCCCACACUCCAUGCACUUGUGGGGCCGGAAACCUGAGUGGGCCCGGAAACCUGAGUGGGCCCGACGGUGUUUGAUGAGGUUAGAACUGAGGUUGAAGCAACGACCACAUUCUGGGCACGGGUACGGUUUCUCACCAGUGUGUAGCCGGUAGUACUUAACUAGAUCUGAGCCACGUCUGAAGCUCUUGUCACACUCUGGACAGCUGUAAGGUUUGUCACCGCCGUGACUGCUUUGAUGACAAAUGAAGUCAGGAAGGCUGAAGUCACUCCACAGUUUCGGCAUUUGAAAGCUUUGGGGACUGUAGGGCAACUGGUUUUAGCAGAGGCUUCUUUUCCCUUGGGGCCAGAGCUUGUCCUAUGUACGACCUGCAGGCCCAGCAGCAUCUCCCGGGCGGCGGCAGCGGGCUGGCCCGGCUUGCUACGAACACACCCGGAAGGAGCGCGCAUGCGGCACAACCUCACAAUCCGGGGACGACCUGGGGGCUCCAGACGUCCCGUUUCCCUGCAGCCCCGCCCCGUCCAGAUCCUCCCUCGCCACUUCAGGUGGUGCAGAUUCCAUUGAGGGAGAAAAGUGCCGGGGAACCUAGAUGCCACUCACUUAGGACGACCAGACCAAAGAGUCUGAGCGCCGGAAACGGGAAGCUCUACAAGCCCGUGCCGCUCUAGGAAGGGCUAGCGAACUUUCUCGGUUGGCUUAACUCUCUCUUCCACCUGCUUUCUAAGUACAGCUGCUGUCAGGAACUUGACACUUUUGACCAGCCUCCGGGUUCUGCGAAUUGGUCAGCCUGGACUUCCGGGCCGGACCACUGCUUGGGGGGUAGCCAGGCGGGUCUGAGCGAGGAGAGGCGGCCGCUGACAAGGACAUGCCGGGCCCAGAGUAGCUAAGUCACCCUGGGCAGGGCAACACAGCACAACAAUAAGAUCCCGUGGUGGGACGUCUGGAUCUCGGCAGCACUUGCCUACUCCGAGGCCCUGGGAAGUUUUCCAUCCGUCUAUACACCGCGCUGACCUACGCGCUGACUACAUGUCCCAGCAUGCAUUGCACGCACCCCUUGGGCUCGCGCAAUUAGAAAAAUACCAUUCUGGCCAUGUCCUCUGCGACCGUGCAAGUACCAGAGUUGCAGACUCUAGAACUACAACUUCCGGCUCGCACAAUCAUCGCCACCGCGCUAGGUAAGAAGCGUCAGAGAGGAGCACCCUCGUCACGCCCCGCUCGUCCAGUGCCGCUCUCUCUCAGGGAAGUAGCCGGACGCGGGGCGGAGCCUCCGGCCCGGGCCAAGAUGGCGGCUGCGAAACCAUCCCUCACGGACUCGCUCUCGUUUUGCCUCGCGCAACUCACGGCGGCGGCCGGGGAGGGGCCAGGUGGGGGAAAGGACCCAGCUACCAACGAGCCGCCCCUGGGCCGCGCGCUCUUAGCUCUUCGCACGCGCCACAUCAAGGCAGCCGAGGGAAUCGAGCGCUUCCGGGCACGCGGCGGGCUCCGCCCCCUUCUCGCACUGCUCCGGCGAACGGCUGCAGCGGACCCCACCCCGUCCCAAGCCGGCUCUGCCUCCGCCCCCUCGCCGUGUGCGUCAGCUGAUUCGUCCCCUGGCCCCGCCCCUGCCGCCGAGGCCCCUUCGCCGCCAGUGCGCUUGCGCAAGACGUUGGACUUGGCGCUCAGCAUUCUAGCUAACUGCUGUACCGAAGGGGCGUGCCGAGCUGAAGUGCGCAGACUCGGAGGCAUUCUCCCUUUGGUAACCAUUCUUCAGUGUGUGAAGACAGACAGUAUCCAGAACCGGACAGCUCGUGCUCUGGGGAACUUAGCCAUGGAACCUGAGUGCUGUGGGGACAUACACUCUGCUGGUGCUGUUCCCUUGCUUGUUGAGAGCCUGACAGCCUGCCAGGACUCACAGUGCCUCCAGAGUGUGGUGCGUGCCCUUCGCAACUUAGCUGACUCACCUCAGCACCGCCUAGCCCUGGCACAACAGGGAGCAGUGCGCCCACUGGCUGAGCUUCUGGCUGCUGCUCCAGACCCUUCACUGACCUCAGCCCUAGUUCGGGCCCUCCUGGAACUCAGCCGAGGCUGUUCCCGGGCCUGUGCUGAGCAGCUAAGUCUGGGUGGGGGGCUGGGCCCACUUGUCAACCUAGCAUCUCACCCCAAACGGACAAUACGUGAAGCAGCCAUCCUGAUCCUUGCCAACCUGUGUGCACAGGGCCUGGUGCGGCCUGCACUGGGCAAUGCUGGUGGUGUGGAGGUGUUACUAGGUGAGCUCCGUAGGCGCCGGGGUACCAACGGGGCCAGUCCAGCUUCCCAGCAGCCCCUAGUGCGGGCUGUGUGCCUCCUAUGCCGGGAGGCUAUCAACCGGGCCAGACUGCGGGAUGCUGGUGGUUUAGAGCUGCUGAUGGGUCUGCUGCGGGACCCUUGUGCCAGUGCCUGGCAUCCACGAGUUGUGGCUGCACUUGUGGGCUUCUUUUAUGAUACUGGGGCCCUGGGCAGGCUGCAGGCUCUAGGACUGGUACCUCUCCUGGCUGGGCAGCUGUGUGGGGAGGCUGGUGAGGAGGAAGAAGAAGGAAUAGAAGCUGCUUCCUGGGACUUCCCUGAGGAGCGGACCCCUGAGCAGGCAGAGGCAGGAAGCUUCCGAAGCCUUAGGUUGUGGCUGAUUUCUGAGGGCUAUGCAGCAGGCCCUGGAGAUAUCUCCCCAGACUGGUCUCCUGAGCGAUGUCCGCUGCCAGAGCCAUCUGAGCCAGUCAGUCCCACUCCUGGCCAGAUCUCACUGCGGACACCCCGCACACUGCACAGGCCGGGCCGAAGCCCUGCUGCCACUGCUGAAGAGCCUUGGGGCCAAGAGGGGCCAGCACUGCUGCUGCUGUCACGCUUCUCUCAGGCUCCUGACCCAAGUGGGGCCCUUGUGACUGGUCCAGCACUGUGCGGCCUGCUGGCCUAUGUGACAGGUGCACCAGGCCCGCCAAGCCCACGUGCACUGCGCAUCCUGGCACGACUCACCUGUAACCCUGCCUGCCUUGAGGCCUUUGUACGCAGCUAUGGUGCAGCACUGCUGCGUGCCUGGCUGGUUCUUGGUGUCUCGCCAGAUGACUGGCCUGCACCACGUGUCCGGCCUACACGCCGAAGCCAGCACCGAGAGCUGGGUGAGAUGCUGCUGCAGAACCUGACUGUCCAGGCCGAAUCACCCUUUGGAGUAGGUGCCCUCACUCACCUGCUACUCUCUGGGAGUCCUGAGGACCGUGUAGCCUGUGCACUCACCCUGCCCUUCAUCUGCCGGAAGCCCUCUCUAUGUCGCCGGCUACUUCUGGAUCAAGGUGGCCUCCGUCUCCUCCUCGCAGCACUAACUCAGCCAGUUCCACACCCACUCUUCCUCUUCUUUGCAGCGGAUUCCCUUUCCUGCCUCCAAGGCCUACUGACUCCCACUGUGACCCCAGUUGUUCCUCCUGAUAUGCCCUUGGGCCUACACCCACCUUCCCCUUGCCUCUAUGAACCUCUUCUGGGUCCAGCCCCUGUCCCAGCUCCUGAUCUGCACUUCCUCCUGGACUCAGGCUUACAGCUUCCAGCUCAGCGGGCUGCAUCAGCCACUGCCUCUCCCUUCUUCCGGGCCCUGCUAUCUGGCAGUUUUGCUGAAGCCCAGAUGGACUUGGUGCCGCUGCGAGGCCUGUCGCCCAGUGCAGCUUGGCCUGUCCUGCAUCAUCUGCAUGGUUGCCGGGGUUGUGGGGCUGCUCUGGGGCCUGUACCCCCACCUGGCCAGCCCCUCCUGGGCUCCAAGGCUGAGGAGGCCUUAGAGGCUGCCAGUCGUUUCUUGCUGCCUGGGCUGGAGGAGGAACUGGAAGAAGCUGUGGGCCACAUCCACUUGGGUCCCCGGGGAGGCCCUGAGUCGGUGGGUGAGGUAUUCCGUUUGGGCCGGCCCCGGCUAGCUGCCCACUGUGCACGCUGGACACUGGGACCAGGGCAGUGCCCAAGGAAGCGGGCCCUGGCCCUCAUGGGGCUUGUGGAAGCAGCCAGUGAGGAGGCAGGGCUUCUGACUGAGGCUUUACUGGCUGUGGUGAUUGGGACUGAGUCAGAGCACAAAGGCCCCAGGCUGGACUGUUGACAUCCCUGGGACCCAAAGAUGGCAUUGGCUAUAAAAGAGGCUUCCCUCGGAGUGGCAUAAGAGAAGGCUGUGCAGAAGAAAUCAUCCUCAAGGACAGAAGAGAGGAUGGAAAUGAACCUCAGGAUGAUGCUGUGAAGACCCAUGACUGAAAAGCCAAGGCCAGGGUCUAGGCAUGAAAUUCAAGAGAACAGGCCAAGACCCCAGAAACUUGCCUAGCCCAGCCCUAUGGAGUCGAGAUUAAAAACUUGGGACUUGAA